AUGAAAGUCCCGCUGCAUCAGAUCGUGGGACCCUGCGACGGCCUGGUCGCCGGGCCCCCGUGCCCCCCGUGGUCGCCCCAGGGGCCGCGCAAGGGCAGGGAGGACCCGCGAUCGGACAUCUACUGCCGCGUCGUGUGCUGGGCUGUCGAACUAAUCAAAGACGGGCAUCUUCUCUUCGUCGUGCUGGAGAAUGUCAAAGGAAUCCUGGGCAAGGCGGGCGCAUCCGAAAGUUUCAUUGAGCAGAUCAUCAAUGUGUUGAAGGUGGAAGUGCGAGAGUUUUUCUGGGACUACGUCGUCCUCUCCGCCAAAGACUACGGG